UUUAUAUAGAUGAAAAUGCAGAUGCAGAGGGAAAUUACACCCUUGUUGCACGAAAACCAAUGAAAGAAAGUGGUUUGGGAUACGGACUGUUUCCUGUUGGUGUUUUCGUUUUUACUGACCAUGUCUCUCCAUUACCAGUCCUGCAACUUCUUGAAGACAUAGAAUGGGUAGGUGAGAGUGUUCCCAUUGCCGUACCAGUUUGCGGUUUUAACGGGGAAAACUGCUUGAAUAAUACUUUAGAAAUAAUUAGCGGUAUAACCGGGACCAUAACAUUGAUUGUUUUAUUAGCUGUUCUGUUUUUAUAUCGUAACUGGAAGUAUGAGCAAGAAUUAGACAGUUUAUUAUGGAAAAUUGACUUUCGAGAGAUACAAAUUAAAUUCGAAGAAAAUGCAAACUUGAAAGAUACUAAAACAAUUCACCCAUUGGUAAGGACAAGUCAAGUUUCACUAAGUUCUAAUCUCGAUAACGAGUUAAGGUAUUCGACUAUUUUUACUCAAGUAGGUUUAUACAAAGGACGAUUAUAUGCAGUCAAGAAGGUUCAUAAAAAAUACAUUGAUCUUACUCGUACUGUGAAGAAAGAACUCAAAGUACUGAACUACUUGGAAAUUAUUGAAAUAGUUUAA